GCGCCGGCCAUGGAGGCCCUGCGGAGGGUCCACGAGGCCGCGCUGCGGCUGCUGCUGCUGCCGCGGUCCGGCCCCUGGGCGGCGGGCGCCGCCUCCCGCCCGAAGCCCCGCGCGUCCGAGGUGCUGACGCGGCACCUGCUGCAGCGGCGCCUGCCGCACUGGACCUCCUUCUGCGUGCCCUACAGUGCCGUCCGCAACGACCAGUUCGGCCUGUCGCACUUCAACUGGCCCGUGCAGGGCGCCAACUACCACGUCCUGCGCACCGGCUGCUUCCCCUUCAUCAAGUACCACUGCUCCAAGGCGCCCUGGCAGGACCUGGCCCGGCAGAACCGCCUCUUCACGGCGCUCAAGGUCGUCAACCUGGGUAUUCCAACUUUGCUGUACGGACUGGGCUCCUGGCUGUUUGCCAGGGUCACAGAGACUGUCCAUACCAGUUAUGGACCCAUAACGGUUUAUUUUCUGAAUAAAGAAGAUGAAGGUGCCAUGUACUGACAGUGUGCCCGGGAGGAUGUAAACACCUGGCUUUUUCUCUUGUGUAUAUGCAAUAUUUAUUUUUGAUCCCUUCAAAAUAAAACUUUUGCAAA